UGGCCCGCGACGGCGCAUGCGUGUCGCCCUGUUUUCGGAGAGGACGGGAAAAGCGCGCAGUUAGUUGAGCGCGGUGGGGCUCGUGAGUCCAAUGUCGGGCUCCUUUGAGGAGCGGAGCGGGGUGGUGUCGUGCGCGACUCCAUGGGGCUGCUGGUACCAGACCCUGGAGGAGGUGUUCAUCGAGGUGCAGGUCCCGCCGGGCACCCGGGCUAAGGACAUCCAGUGCAGCCUGCAGAGCCGGCACCUGGCGCUGGCCGUGCGCGGGCAGGAGGUGCUCAAGGGUAGACUCUUUGACUGCACAAUAGCUGAUGAAGGGACAUGGACGUUAGAGGACAGAAAAUUGAUACGUAUUGUUCUAAUGAAAACCAAUCGAGAUGCUGGAAAUUGUUGGACCUCUCUGUUAGAAAAUGACUAUGCUGCUGAUCCUUGGGUACAGGACCAGAUGCAGAGGAAACUUACACUGGAGAGAUUCCAAAGAGAGAAUCCUGGCUUUGACUUCAGUGGGGCAGAAAUUUCUGGGAACUACAGCAAAGGGGGACCAGACUUUUCCAAACUUGAGAAAUAAACUUCUUUCAGCAGUGUUCCAAAGAACCAGAGAGAAAUAAUAUGUUAAACUGAAGGAGUGAAAUAUGUCUUUGCUAAAGACUUCACCUGUCUACAGAAUGAAUGUCAUCAAAUACUGUCUCUGUGGAUAAUUACAGGGGAAUUCCUUUCAGUAGGAUCAAGACAAACAGCAAAGUUAUAGAGGGUCAUUUUUAAAUGUGUGCUAACCUCUUUGAUAUUAAUAGAAAAUAUGCAUACAUGAUAAAUGUACUUUAAAGGUGUCAUGACUGUUUUUAAGCAGUAUUUUCUUUGUGGAAAUAUUCCACAGUGAAGUGACAUAGAGGCACAGUUAUAGAAUGCUACAUAAAUGUCAGCACUCAUCCUCUUGUGGAGAAUUAAUCCUACAGGCAAGCCACCUACCAUUAUCCUUAACUUUGAAAGAACUGUAUUUUCUAAAUUUUAAAAAUGUACUUUUGUAGCUCUCACUUGGUUAGCAGCCCUCUGAUGUGUGUUAGUAAAUUCAGUUUUAAAACUGCAGUGGCAGAAACAAGAAUAUUACUCUUAAGUGCAGAAAAUAAGGUUUGACAUUUUAGUGUUGUGCCAAAUGUUGCUGAAGGACAAACUGGCAGCAGAAAGUCAAAAGGUUUAGGUUGAAGCCUGGGCUCCAGUACUCGUAGGUCUACUUACAGUAUAGUAACUUAAUAUUCUUAGUGGAAGGAGAAGAGGUUUUGAUUUCUGAAAGGGUGGAAUACUUUGCCUGUAGGAUGCAAUUUUGUGUACUUAGAACCCAAAACUCUUCUUUUAGCACAGGGGUGGGCAAACUUUUUGGCCUGAGGGCCACAUCAGGGUUCCAAAAUUAUAUGGAGGGUAGGGUAGGGAAGGCUGUGCCUCCCCAAACAGCCUGGCCCCCACCCCUUAUCACCGCCUCCCACUUCCUGCCCCCCUCAGAACUCCUGACCCAUCCAACCUCCUGCCCCCACUCCUUGUCCCCUGACUGCCCCCUCCUGGGACCCCCUGCCCCUAACUGCCCCCACACUCUCUGCCCCCUGACAGGCCCCCCAGGACUCCCAUGCCUAUCCAACCACCCCCUGUCCUCUGACUGCCCCUUAUCUAACCUCCCUACCCCCUUACCAUGCUGUUCAGAGCACCAGGACUGGCAGCUGUGCUGCCCGGCUGGAGCCAGCCAUGCCACUGCGCAGUCUAGUGCCCCUGGGCAGGCCGGCGGCUUUUGCAGCCACACUACCUGGCAGGAGCUUGCAGCCUUGCCUCCCAGAGCACUGGCGGGAUGGUGAGCUGAGGCUGCGGGGGCAGGGAUGGACAGCAGGGGAGGGCCCGGGCGCUAGCCUUCCCAGCCAGGAGCUCAAGGGCCUCCCCAAACAGGCUGUAGUUUGCCCACCUCUGUUUUAGAAUUUAAAGAACUGUUUCAACGUGAGAGCUACAAUUUGAUUUCAGUAAAAGUUGUAAGUACCCAACAGCAGGAGAAUUGAGCCUUGAAAGAGGACCUGAAUAUGGCAGUCUCUCUCUGAAUGAUUACAUAUCUGUAUUUAAAGUUUAUUUUCCAAAAUCAAGUCUCCUCAGUACGUUUAUACAGAACAUACAGUCAAAACUUUGUUUGGAAGACAAAGAAGAGUAAACUCACUGGGCAAAUAAUUCCUCCUUUAUUUUGAAUAGAUUUCAUGCUAAACUUGUUUCCCAGUACCAUCUUUGUGUACUAGCAUUAGUAAUUCAGCAGAGCUGUGGGAAUAGAGUUUAUUAGCUAGCAAGUGCUGAAUCAGCACAAUUUUUUGUUUAACUCUUUGUUUUUAACUUUUGUUUUAUUCUCUAUCCCUUUUUCAAUGAUUCCUAACAUCCUGUUUGCUUUUUUGACUGCCACUGUAUGCUGUGUGGAUGUCUUCAGAGACCUAUCCACAGUGACUCCAAGAUCUCUUUCCUGAUUAGCUGUAGCUAAAUUAGCCCCCAUUAUAUUGUAUGUAUAGUUGGGGUUAUUUUUUCCAAUGUGCAUUACUUUACAUUUAUCCACAUUAAAUUUCAUUUGCCAUUUUGUUGCCCAAUCA